CGUCAUAAACGUAAAGUCAACGUGUAUUCAAGCUGUCUUCAGCUUCGGUACAAGUUAAAAUUAAGGUUUAUUAAUAAAAGUCAGCAAAAUGUGCAAUUAGAAUUAUUUAUAAAAGUUAAAUACUAAAUAUUUGCGGAAAUCUAUGUUUGCAACUACGUCACAAUCAUGGUGUUAUUAACGAACGAUGAGUUCCUGACGGAGCUUACAAAGUUAUUCCAAAAGGCUCGUGUAUCCGGAUCAGUUACAAUGACCAUGAAAAGAUAUGAUGGAAGAACAAAACCACAUCCAAGAGAUGGUACACCGGCUGUACCAAACCCAAAAUAUAAAUGCUUAAUAAGAGCACAGUCGAGUAGCAAGAAAAUAUCUACAGUCAUAGAUCAAGAGGAUGUAGAAAAGUUCAGUACUGCCUAUACAAACCUAUUAAAGACAAGUGUGAAUGGGCUGAAACGUUUAAAGAAACCGAAGAAAAAAGCAAUUGCAGCUCAAUAAGUUGCAUAUUUAAUAACAGACUGAAGUUAUAUGCGAUAUAGUGCGGAAAAUGUGAACUGAUGACAUGUGCCUCUGUGAUAUGUUAGCUGACAGGACUGUCCAUUGAACUGUGCUCUUCUUCCAUGUGAGUGAAGAGUUGGAGUCCGCUAAUGCUGGUGACAGUGGCACAGUUUAUCCUUUAUCAUCUGUCCAACACUGUUAAUUUUGUAAAAAACAUAGGUUAUAACAUAACUUUUUUCAAUAAAAUAUUACCGUUCUAUCAAA